AUGGUAGUUCUGGAACCUACUUUAUUCUCUGUGGCGAUUGGAAUCUUAGUACUUGUGGGGUACUUGAUUCAAUACUACCAUUUCAAUAUCCCCACUUUUAAAACACCUCCUGCAUUGUUCUCGUGGCUUGGCAAAACCUGGGGUAAGGAACAAGAUAAAACACAGGGGGGUACUCUUGUUCCACCGCUUGAUGAUGAAUCAAACUUAUUUUCAAGCUGUUCGAGUGAUUGGUGGGAAGAUGAUGGGCUUUUUCAGCUCGAAAAACGUGCAAUUUUUAGCCAGUCAUGGCUCUAUGUGACGCAUGCGUGUAGAUUCCAGAAACCAGGAGAUUAUCGUACAUUCGAAAUUGCAGGUUUCUCCAUCGUUGUCAUUCAGGGAAAGGACUACCAGCUGCGAGCUUUUCAAAAUGUGUGCCGCCAUCGUGCUUAUCAAAUAACGAAGAAAGAGUGUGGAAGUUCGACGGUUCUCGGAUGUAGGUAUCACGGCUGGAGCUAUGAUACAAAGGGAAUGUUGGUGAAGGCGCCUGAGUUUGAGAAUGUUCCAGGUUUUGAUAAGAGCAAAAAUGCACUAUGGGAAGUGAAGACAGAAGUCAUCAACUCGCUGGUUUUCAUCAACUUCGACACCAGGAGCGAAGUGGCGAGUGUUGGAUUCGAAAAUUCUUUGAAGCCAUUCAAGACACUAAAAACAAAGGAUAUGCGUUGCGCGGUGGAAUGGAAAGUAGAAUGCCAGAUGAACUGGAAACUUGCAGCUGGAUACUUCUCCUCCGAUACAUCCAGUCACCGAAGGAUGAGAACCAGGAUGCUUUCCCUUUUGCCCACUAUGUUCAACACCAGCCAAAAAUACGAGAGAAUUGGAAAUUCAACUGCAAUUCGCCAAUUGUCGUCGGGAGAUUUCCUUAUUUUACGAUUCCUUCCAAAAUCUCCAAGAACGACAACAGUCGAAUGCUGUAUGUACACGAAACGCGCGGAGAAUAGAGCAGUGGACUUGUCGACUGUGAAGGAAGAGGCCCAAGCAGAAAUUGAAGAGAUGGAGAAGAAACAAAAGAGACUUCUCAAUGGUGAAGUUAGAUCUUUCAGGCCUAAACAAGAUGAACUACGCCAAAUGUUGAAGAUACAUGCAGAAAAUGAGGGAAGAAGUGGCAUGGAAAUCCAUCCCGCAGCACAGAAACAUGCUUUUUCAGAAGAAGGAAGGGCAGACGACGACUUCUGUCGUGAGCUUGACGACCCAUCGAAAGAAAAUUCAGUCUGUAGUGCUAGUGCAAAAGGACUUCUAGAUUGGUGA